CUCGUGCGUAGGUCUUCGUGACUCCUUCUUCUCUCGCUCGGUUGCUUCCUUAUUUGACAGUUAAUCGCUGCCGGGUUGGCUUCGUCCGAUCCUGCUUCUGGGUCCUUCGCCAGCACGUUCACGCCCUCUUCUACCGGCGACACGCUGGUGCCAGGGCUGCUGCGAGCUGAGGAUCUGGAGCGGGCAAGCCAGGGGUGGAUCGAAGACCGCGAGCGAGGACAACUUUGCCCUGCGCCACCGUCCCGGCGUAACGUUCGCCGCCAGAAGGGAAAUUCACUUCUCCCGGGCGUCGGAAAGUGUCCGUAAGUGCGGGAACUCUCUGCUCUGUAGGCUAAUACUAAUAAUCCAAGAUGGCAGACAGCAACAAGAAUGGAAGCAGCCGUUCUAGCACCAGCGGUAGUCGACUUCAGAGCAAGAAGCCCCCCAACCUUUCUAUCACAAUCCCACCAGUGAAGACAGAAGAGGAAAGUAGCCAAAAGCUUCUGAAAAAAAACCCAGCUCUUCAAAAGAGUGUGAGCCUCCAAGAGUCGAGACUGAAGAGGCAGGACAGCAGCUCUGACAGACCCCCUGCCUUGCAUAGGCAAACCUCAUUGUCCCAGAGUAUUCGCAAAGGGACUGCUCAGUGGUUUGGCAUCAGCAAUGACUGGGACGGAAAGCAGCAGAACUGGCAGCGCAAGAGCCUUCAGCACUGCAGCCUGCGGUAUGGAAAACUCAAACCUGCCUACCGGGAAGUAGAAUUAACCAGCCAGGAGGUGCCUUCUUUCCAAGGUACAGAAUCUCCAAAGCCAACAAAAAUGCCCAAGAUUGUAGAUCCUUUGGCCCGAGGCCGUCCCUUCAGGCACCCAGAUGAACUGGAUCGUCCACGCACCCCACAUCCUGUCCUUCCCCCUCUGACUCCUGGCGUUGUGUCCUUGGCAUCAUUAGGUAGUGUACGGUCUGGCUACACCCGCCUGCCCCGCAGGAAGAGGGAAUCCGUGGCCCACAUGAGCUUUAAGGCAGCUGCAGCAAUUAUCAGAGGACGUUCAGUUCUGGAUCCUUCAGUGCCAAAGCGCAGGGGCAACAAACGGAGUUUUAUCUAUCCUAGCUUCAUGGACGAUGACGUGGUGGAUGGCAUGGAUACAUUUGACUCUUCCUUCUUCAGUAAGGUUGACGCACAUGAGGAGAUGUGCUCCAUGCCAGAUGAUGUAUUUGAAUCCCCACCCCUCUCUGCCACUUACUACCGUGGACUUCCUCAGCAAGGAGACAGCAAGUCACCUGAAGCUGACCAGCCUUUCCAGCGUGUAGGACCUGUUGCCUUCAGAAGCCUCCAACAAACAGCUUCCGCUCCUAAGAGGGGCACUCGGAUUGCUUCCAGGGUGAAGCACUUUGCCUUUGACCGCAAGAAGCGCUACUAUGGGUUGGGAGUGGUGGGCAACUGGCUGAAUAGAACAUAUCGUCGGAGCAUCAGCAGUGUGGUACGGUCACAGCUGGAGAUCACAGACAGCCACAGGCCUUACUUUACUUACUGGAUCACAUUUGUCCACAUCAUCGUCACUCUACUUAUCAUUUGCACUUACGGAUUUGCUCCAAUUGGCUUUGCUCAGCAUGUGAAGACAGAAUUAAUACUACGAAACAAAGGCGUGUAUGAGAGUGUGAAGUAUAUCCAGCAGGAGAACUUCUGGAUUGGCCCAAGUUCGAUUGACUUGAUCCAUCUGGGAGCCAAGUUCUCCCCCUGUAUCCGGCAGGACCAACAGAUUGAGAAGCUGAUCCAGAAAGAAAGGGAACAAGAGCGCCAUUCUGGCUGCUGUGUCCAGAAUGAUAACUCUGGUUGUGUUCAGACUCUGCGUGCAGAUUGCUCAGAAACAUUGGCCACAUUUGUAAAGUGGCCAGAUUGUAAUCCUCCAGCUGUUGACCCCAGCAGUUCAAGUCUGAGAAGGAUAUCAGGAGCAGUGUGUUCUCAGGACCCCAGGACCUGUGAGGAACCAGCUUCAAAUCCACCUCACAUCUGGCCAGAUGACAUCACCAAGUGGCCAAUAUGUACUUAUCAGCCCAAAAAUAAUCGCACUGGUCUCCCCCAUAUGGACUGUGACAUUAAAGGAAGGCCAUGCUGUAUUGGAACCAAAGGCAGCUGUGAGAUCACAACUCGGGAGUACUGUGAAUUCAUGCAUGGCUACUUCCAUGAAGAAGCAACUCUUUGUUCACAGGUUCAUUGCAUGGGGGAGGUGUGUGGCCUUUUACCAUUUCUCAACCCAGAGAUUCCAGAUCAGUUCUACAGGCUCUGGUUGUCCUUAUUCCUUCAUGCAGGGAUUAUCCACUGUAUGGUGUCUGUGAUCUUCCAGAUGACAGUGCUCAGAGAUUUGGAAAAGCUGGCAGGCUGGCUUCGUAUCACUAUCAUUUUCAUCCUCAGUGGCAUCACAGGCAAUCUGGCUAGUGCCAUCUUCCUACCUUACAGGGCAGAGGUGGGCCCAGCAGGAUCCCAGUUCGGCUUGUUAGCCUGCCUUUUUGUGGAGCUCUUCCAGAGCUGGCAGGUCCUAGAGAAUCCCUGGAAGGCUUUUUUUAAUCUUUCUGGAAUUGUCCUUUUUCUCUUUGCCUGUGGCCUCCUGCCAUGGAUCGACAAUAUUGCACACAUAUUUGGUUUCCUCAGUGGUCUAUUACUUUCUUUUGCCUUCCUGCCCUAUAUCACUUUUGGUACCGCAGACAAAUAUCGCAAGCGGGUGAUGAUCAUUGUCUCACUACUGAUCUUCGUUGGUUUGUUUGCAUCUCUUGUGAUCUGGCUGUACGUGUAUCCCAUUAAUUGGCACUGGACUGAGUAUUUAACCUGCUUGCCUUUCACGACCAAGUUUUGUGAGAAGUAUGAUUUGGACCAGACCUUGCAUUGAUGAAGCAUUUAAGUGGGUUUAGUAGAAAGGAUUUUGAGGAACAAGGGAAGGACAC